GUGGUCGUUGUCCAGCCGCGAAGCACCAACAAGUCCCGCAACAAUGGGAAGGCGAAAUCCGCAUCGCAGGCUGGAAAUGGACAGUCAGGACAGUUUCCAUGGGUCAAGUUUGGCUUGACCGAGGCGGAGUACAAGGUCCGCGGCUGCUACGGCAACUGCUAUUGGUGCAACAGUACCAAGCACAAGACCUCCCUGUGCCAAGAUUAGGGCAAGGAGGAUGUGCGCCCCCGCCUCAGCUCGGGAAACUGAGCUCCGCGGAAGGUGAGGCGACUCCACCUUCUACUCCGCCAGGUUUGGCCGCCUUGCUAGCGGCGUCCUGCACAUCUGGGAAGGAUGCGAAUGCCGCAAGUCCUCGGUAUACUUACGAGGAUUAUGCUGUCCACUUGGUUCCACCGCUGGACCAGCCGCUCCACGUGCAACAGUCCACCGUAUGCACAGUUUCAUCACCAGCGGCAACCGAUUCGGCAGUUUCGCCGCAAUCUAUCGCCGRGGAUUCGACGUCAUGGUCAAGACUUGAAAAGCUCGACCCAUUGACGUUCAUGGACUUCCAGUGGAUGCCCGUUCCCUCGACCGGCCGAUUGCCGAAACCACAUUGCAACGUGCUUAUGACACAAAUGGGGGACUACUUGCAAACUGCAGUACCAGCUCUGUUGAUGGACGCCGGAGCAGAGGUUGUCGACCUUCACGCUUUAAUCGCGAAGAUCGACCGUGAGUUCAAGACGCAACGCCGGAGUCUGGACGAGCAUGUGGAACACCUGCGCACCGUUUUGGAGCGGCUACGACAGGCCAAGUAUGAAGCAAACCGCGACAAGUGCGAGUUCGCACAGCAGGAGCUGGAGUACUUGGGACACUAUGUGACGCCGCAAGGCAUCCGUCCGCUUGAGGACAAGAUCGAGGCCCCAAUAGUAUGGCCCUAGCCCACCAACACCACAGACGUUCGUUCAUUCAUGGGGUUGGCGGGCCACUAUCAGCG